GUUGUUCGGAGCGCAUUUAAUAUCGUCAAAUCGACCGAAUUUGUGCAUUUUGUGUGAUUUGAAUGGAGAAAACAAGCAACAAGGAUAGCGUCGCAGCAGUAUGUUUGUCAUGAACUGGUUCACCAAUCUCAGUAAUCGCAGUUUGGCGAUAACGCUGCUAAUUUGCAUAUCCCUAAUAUAUGUAUCAUAUACAUUUAAUUCGUGCCUAUUAACAAGCAUUAGUCGGACAUUCCAAAAGAAUCCAUUUCGCGGCCUACUCUUCUCCGAUGACGAGCUCACCGUUACUACUGCAACACCGCCACCUACGCAGCUAGACGCUUCAAAUGCCAGCGUUAAUGUCGUCGGUGUGGCAUCGAAACGCACACCGGAAGCUUUAAGCUUAAGAAAUCACGGUUCAUCCGUUGUACAUAUUGUGCCGUUAAGUGCUUCAAAUAACAACACCAACAACAACAAUGCAAGCAAUCCGCCACAGGAAGCUGCCGACGGUUCACCGAAAUAUCGUUUCCUACGUCAACAAGGUUUGCAUCCGUCGCGUCAUCUGCCCGACACGCUCAUCAUUGGCGUGAAGAAGAGCGGCACACGCGCGCUACUUGAAUUCAUACGUCUGCAUCCGGAUGUACGCGCCGCUGGCUGUGAGGUGCAUUUUUUUGAUCGUCACUAUCAGCGUGGUCUGCGCUGGUAUCGCCACCACAUGCCCUACACCAUUGAGGGUCAAAUAACAAUGGAGAAGACGCCGAGCUAUUUUGUGACAAAAGAGGUGCCGCAGCGGGUGCAUCAAAUGAAUGCGGCGACAAAGCUGUUAAUUGUCGUGCGCGAUCCUGUGACACGAGCCAUAUCCGACUACACGCAAGCGGCCAGCAAGAAAUCGGAUAUGAAGCGUUUCGAAGAUUUAGCCUUCGUCAACGGCUCGUUCGCGGUAGUGGACACCGCUUGGGGACCCGUCAAAAUAGGUGUAUACUCGCGUUAUCUAGAGAAGUGGUUGAAAUACUUUCCGCUAUCGCAGUUGCUCUUCAUAAGCGGCGAACGGCUUAUUAUGGAUCCUGCCUACGAGAUUGGACGUGUACAAGACUUCUUGGGUCUCAAACGCGUCGUGACUGAGAAACACUUUUACUUUAACGCCACCAAAGGUUUCCCCUGUCUAUUCAAGUCGGAAGCACGUUCCACGCCACAUUGUUUGGGCAAGACGAAAGGACGCAAUCAUCCGCACAUUGAGGAAGCUGCCAUCGAACGUUUGCGCGAAUUUUAUCGACCGUUCAACAAUAAAUUCUACCAAAUGACCGGCAUCAAUUUUGCUUGGCCCUAAAUCGGAUAGAAGCAAGCAAAUUACGUAGGCAAUUCGAUAUUUAUAGCGGGCGAACGUAAUAUUACUAGCGCUUCAAAAGCGUUGAACAAUGUUAGAAAUUACGAUAUUG